AUGAAUUAACUCUAUUUAUUGUAAUUAGAUUAUUCAUUGAAACAUUUGCUGCAGGAUAUUUUUAUCUUUAAUGUAAUGAUUCAGCAGGUGAGCCAAUAAUUGUGUAAAGAAGAUUAAGAAUUAUCUGAAUUAUCAUUUUCUAGUUUUAGAGGAGAUAAUGAGUAAUUUGAAUGUCAAAUACCUGAUAGAAAUGAAUGUUAAGAAUGUAAAAUCAUUUAAUCUUACAGAACAAAACACUGUAUUGAAUUUUAGAAAUGUAUACCCAAAUAUGAUCAUCAUUGUUUUUGGAUUGGAGGAUGUGUAGGCAAAUUGAAUCAUGGAAUGUAUUGGUUAUUUUUGAAAUUAUAAUGUUUGCUUUGUUUUGAUGGAUUAUUUUAAUUUAGUAAACAAUUUGUUUACUAUUCCACUUUUGAUGAAGAAUUUGGAAAUGAUUAAUUCUAAUAUUAGUAUUUUUUAUUUUGCUAAUUGCAGCAACAUAUUUUGGGUUUGGAAUAUUUACUGGGGUGUUACUAUUAUAUCUAUUUUAUAAUUCACUCUAUCACACUAUGUUAAUAUUGA